AUGAUCAAUACGUUAAAUCACGAGUUGGGUCCCGACGGUGAUCCAGCAUGGUGCGUGGCUUGGACCGCGCCCUCCUGUGCGAUGACUUUUUCCAACUCCCCACCACAGCUAAUCUCAGGGGAUAUCCCUUCAAAAUACGGAUGCCCCAUGGAAGAUUGGAUAUGGGAAGCAGUGGAGAUUUAUCAGUAUAUUCCACAGACCAAUGUUUCGUACUGCUCAAGAAUAUUAAGUUAUGGCGGCCAGGCUGGCUGUUCGUCAAAGUACCCCUCUAGCCUUGGACCAAUUCUUGUUGCGGACGAACAUAACAAUUUGCCAGAGGCUUUGAGUACCAUUACUGCUGAGCAUAUCAUUGCGAUUCCAUACCGCUUAUUUCUCAACCGCUCUCUGGUGUCUCAAUUAAGAGACUCCAGGAAUGUUGCCGGCCUUGUCGUUUUCGCCCCCGAAAGCCUGGAUAAUGUAGAGAUUCAAAACACCGAAUUUUCUGAAAAUUCUUUCUGUCCUAAUGGGGCAUAUAACUUUUACAAAAACAAAACUUUUGAAUGUGAAUUGACUCCUAAGUGGAACCCGACAGCAUCUGACUAUGCGACUAUAUCUUGGCCAUUCCCUGUCGUAUUGAUUUUGGACAAGGACAAUUACAUCUGGAAUAAAACUCUUGACUGUUACCAAAGAUUCAACGUGAAUUCUACGGACGACACGCGUUGUUCUAUGGAGAUACGUAACUUCAUGUCUGGUAUCAACUCUUCCCAGACGUGUUAUUACCGGGAGCAUCUUCUCACUUAUCGCUUAGAACAACCGACAGAAUUUUGUAGUCAGAUUGGUGGCGUAAACUUUAUGGUCCGUGCUAUCGAUAAGCCUCCGGUCGAUGAAAACAAGCAUCGUCUGCCUAAUUCAGCAUUACUUAAUUAUAAUCUAAAGAAAGAUGUGCUCUUCGCGUUUCUGGAUAACGAGGCAUACGACUUCACGGGCUCCCAGCGGCUACUUUUCGAUUUGGCAAAUACGAGAAUUGCCGUCCGUUCUGGCGCCCCCUUUACUAUUGAAAGCAUCGAAUCGGUCCUGGAAAUUUCAGCCGUCGGCCUGCCAGAUUCUAAGGCAAAUGUGUACACUUAUUUUCUAAUUUCGGAUCCUGAGAUUUCCCAAGAGGUACGUGUCCGAUCUUGUCAUUUAAUUUUCAACACCUUGUAA